AAUCCAAUCCAAGUUCCUCGUUGUUAUGGUUGUGGUUUCGUGUACCGUUGUUGUCACCUCAUAUUUUUAAUUCAUUCAUUCGUUCAUAUUCAAAAUGUCGCGGCUUUCUGACGUGCUUGCCGUGCUGUUCGGUGUCUCAAUCCUGAGCGAAGUUGCCUACCAAAUCUACAUGACUGCUCAGAAAAAGAAGCGAAGACCGCGAAGCAACUGGGCCGCAAACUUCAAGCAACAAGUGAUCUUCUUUCCGGAUCGCGGCGUAGCGUGCCCCAAGGCGACGCACGACGACAGUGACAGUUGCGGCAACCCCAAGUGCUGUUUUCUCCACGGCAAAACAUCGCUGAGGACGCUCACGAACACGCUGACGUCUGCUCGGCAGACUCUAGACGUCUGUGUCUACAUGAUCACUUGCGACGCCCUGUGCGAUGCCAUUUUGAGUCUCCGUACACGAGGUCGCGUAAUCCGCGUCAUCACCAACGAAGAAGGAUCCGACAUGCCCGGUUCCCAGAUCGGACGACUACGUCAGGCUGGUAUCCAAGUGAGGGUCAACCACCAUACGUCCUUCCUGAUGCAUCACAAGUUUGCACUGGUGGACGAAGAAGUGCUGCUCAGCGGAUCGUUCAACUGGACCCGGCAAGCCAUCACUGGAAACCACGAGAACUUGCUGCUGACUGCAGAUCCGGACAUUGUAGAACCCUUUGUUGCAGAAUUCCAAAAGCUCUGGGACUACUUCAAGCCCAAGGAGGUGGAAGUGGACCUCUCUGACCUGACACGGCAGACUGAACAGGACUGGUGACGGCUGUGAUGCGACAAUCUGACGUGAAUCUGACCUUGUGACAGUGUCACCAUGAUGAUUUAGUUACACAACAGUUUGGUGCAGUGAAAAGUGAUGCGAGAAUGUGCAGGGUGUAUAUGUUCAAACCGAGCUUAAUGUAAAUCUAUUUACAUCAACCACGCAAGAAAAAGAAAAAAAAAAAAAAGGUGUCCAUUGUACAUACCAAAACAUGCAUUUUUCAUUUUUAUGUGCGACAUCCUUUGUUUUGCCUUGACCAAAAUGUUGGCAAAAACAGGUACUUACAUGAUAGCACCAUUUUACUGUCUAUUGUGAUAGUCAUUCAGAACAUAGUUGCGUUCUUGCCUGUCAUGCUGAAGCGCAACUUCGAAGAUAUUUUGUGAAUUAGGAGCACAUGGCAGUUUCAUCUGUGGGAGUGAGUGAAGCAUCCCGUCUUGUCCUUUUUAAUGAUUGUGAACAUCUGUAUUUGUGUGAUGAUUAUGUUCCUGUGAUAGGGUUGUCCUUUGGAGAUGCGAGAUGCAAUAUGCCAAGAAUCAUGCUGCUACGGUGAUCCGCAAAUAUGUUGGAGUUGAUAAAUAGCACACAUUUUUAGCGCAUAAUGAAGCUUGCUACCAAAGGACAGACACCCACUUUGGGUAGUUAUGGAGUUGCAUUUCAGUGUUUUAUGUUUUUAUAUCAUAGGAGUGUACAGGGUGGUAAGGUACGUUUCAACGUGCAAGGUAAAACAUGUGCUUUGAGCUUGCAGAAGUACCAGUAGUACAGCCACUUGAUGUUUCUGUCACUUCAAGAAGAGAAACAUUUUAUAGGAGAAAUUUGAAUGUUUCAUUACAGUAAUGUAAAUAUGUGUGUGUGUGAUAAAUGAUUUCCUUGUC